AUGGGUUCACUGAACAUUGCAGAAGCAGAAAGUGAGGAUACUGAUGCUGAGCUGCCUGCGUCUCCUACCGUGCACAGAUUUGUCCACCUCAAACAGAAGAAGGAAUUGAUGGAACAUGGAAUCAUGCUGUUUUCCCGGAAACCAAAGCAGGGACUUUCGUUCUUACAAGAGCAUGGUUUCGUUGGCACCGAACCGAAUGAGAUUGCAGAUUUCCUGUUGAAGGAGGAUCGUCUGGACAAAACUGUAGUUGGAGACUUCUUAGGAGACCCGGAUGAGUGA